GUCUUUGCGUGCUAUCGAACUUGAAGUCCACCAACAAGAAAAGCUUUACUAUCAUAAAGAUGAAUACAUGGACCACAAAUGCGUUCUUAGCAGACCUCUGGGCUACUCCAUGAAGAAGCUCUACGAAGGCCAGUGCGGCAUGAGGAGCAAGAAGGAGGUCCGGAAAUUUGGGUGUGGCAGACUGAAAAUUGAAUUUAACAUGAUUCAUGAAUAUUAUUAGCCAUUACACUAAUCCACAAGCAUCAGUAUCCAGACACUCAUUUGGAAUACAUGGAGCACAAGUGAUUCGAUGAGUUAUACAUUUCACAUGACAAUUUUUAUAGUCAUACAGAUUCUUCAGAAAAGAACACGGGGAGCAGCAUCCCAAGGAGAGGCAUCAUCAACAUCUGCAGAGUGGCAAGGUUUAUUAGAAGAAGACCCUGCAUCGAAGUUCCCUGCCUCUCAGCCAAAGACAUAAACGCUCUCUUGCAUGCAUUCCAUCAUGUUAAAGAAGUUUGGCUACUUGUAUCUGAUGUUCCUGGAGCUACAACUGAUUUCAGAGUCGACCCUUCUAUUGAGUUCAAGAUCAACAGGAUCCUCCAAGACGGAAUGGAAGAUAAAAACCACUGGCUAGCCACCAUCAUACAGUCUCCAUCAAUCAGAAAGAAUCUGAGAGAAUACGGAGGCUACAAAGAUGGAAACAAUGAUAAACUUGAGAAGAUUGUGUCAGAAUGGAACUCCAAUAUUUACAUUGAAAGAAGAUAAUUCAAUUGGAGGUGGA